AUGAAGUGUCCUUCACGUUUAAUUGUCUUUAUUUUGUCUUUGUCUUUCUGUGCUGAGGCAAAAUUGGUAGAAGAUGAUUCUUCUGGCUUUGCCGACUUUUCCAGAACAAACGUAAAUGAAUUUAAUAACAAACCAAUAACAUUUUCAUAUCCUGUUCCAAGAUGGCUCAAAGGAACAUUGAUUCGAAAUGGUCGUGCCAGGUACGAAAUGGGACAAAGGUCAUUCACAAAUGCAUUUGAUGGUUUUGGCAAACUUCACAGUUUUACGUUUUAUAGCAACGGGACGGUGUCAAUGUCUGCAAGAUUUCUACAGACAGAAUACUAUAAACAAUCUCUAGCUACUAAUACAAUUGCACCCUAUUUUCAGUUUGGUAAGCUAGUUCCCCCAUAUAAUGAAAUGGAAAAAAUAGAAUCGCUGAAAAACCAAAUGGAAAACUUGAACGUAAAUGUAUAUAGGAUACGUGAUUCAAAGACUGGUGUAAGCAUAGUUCCUUACAUUAAAAGUAUCAUAACUUUGUAUCGAAUGACAUCAGUUGGAGAUCGAGAGGAAAUUGUCCCGUGGGAUAUUGAAGCACAAACUUACAUGCACUCAUUUUCUGUCACAAAGAACUAUGUGAUUUUCAUUGGUCAGCCAGUUUCAAUAGAUAUAAUGAAGGUAGCAGAAUAUGAUCUAAUUACAACAUCGGUUUCUGCAGAAUCUUUCAAACCAUCAAAAAAUAAUUCAUUUGCAAACAAUUUAGAUAUGCCGACCAUUAAUGAGAAUUUCAGACACGUUAAAUACUGUUACGCAUAUGGAUUAGUCUUAAAAGCAGACAACAAAAAUUUUAAUAAAUGGGCAUUAGUAAAAAAAGAUGUAUGUAGAGUAGACGGCGAUUUAUCAUGGGUAAUUGAUAACCAUUAUCCAUCUGAAGCUUGGUUUGAACCUACACCUAAUAGUUCCAGAGAAGAUGACGGUGUUUUAAUGACACAUGUUUUUGAUGGCAUCAAGAAAGAAAGUUAUCUUGUACUCAUUAAUGCUACAACCAUGGAAACAAUGAAUAAAGCCAUUUUACCUACCACCAUGCCUUUCAGUUUUCAUGGUAGAUUCUUUCAAGACAAUUAA